AUGCCGAAACAGGAGCAGCAGGGGGCCGUGCCGAGUGCUGUGCAGGCGGCGGCCGCGGCGGGCGGGCUGGCAGGAGGAGGCACCUCCACUGCGGAGGAGAGACCUGCAGGCCAGCAGGUCGCAGCCGUGGAAAAUGGGGCGAGUGUCCCGGGUGGAGGGGAGGCUGGCCCCCGCUCCCACGAGCUGCGGCUGGAGGCGGCGCUGGCGGCGCUGCAGGAGCAGUUGAACCGUUUAAGACGCCAGGACAUCGGCCUGAAAACCCACUUGGACCAGCUGGACCAGCAGAUCAGCGAGCUGCAGCUGGACGUGCGCAGAACCUCCAGCGAGGCCCCAGACAGCGACAGCAGGCCCAGCUCAGGCUUCUACGAGCUGAGCGAUGGCGGCUCCUGCUCCCUGUCCGCAUCCUGCACGUCUGUGUGCAGUGACCACACAUCCUCCUCCCUGAGCACUUUGCUGCCCGCUGCCCCCAAGGCCAGGCCCGGUGUGGGGGACUGCCGGCCCUGGUCAGCCGACGAGACCACCGUGUGUGGGGCCCUCCUGUCCACAUGGGGACCCCAGGCCACUGAGGAGGGCGCAUCCCGGCCCAGGCCGGUGUCUACAGGUGAUCUUGAGAGAGUCCUACUGGCUGAGGUGGGGCUCCAGAAAGCCAACGCAGACCCCAAGUCCACUUCUCUCCUCUGCUGUGGGAUGGACCUCCCGCCCCACAUGCUGGACCCCAAGUACCAGCGUGACCUGGUUUCCAAGGGUGGCAGGGAGGUGUACCUGUACCCCAGCCCCCUGCAUGCGGUUGCUUUGCAGAGCCCCCUGUUUGCUCUGACCAAGGAGACCCCGCAGAGUGACGGCCACUCACCCCCUAGUAAGGCCCCUCCCGGUCCCACAGGUCCAAGCUCCAUCCGGACUAGACCGGUCCUUGAGGCUGGCCCGGCCGGAGCCUAUAUAGACAGGCUGCUGCGACUGCGGGGCCGAGGGACCCCCCCAAGGGGCAGCUUGGGUAAGCAAGGACCCCCAAGACGUGAGGCAUCCCCAUCCCCGCAGGAGCUUGGUGGCCAGAGAGUGGACAGUGAGGACCGCCUGGAGAAGUCAGUCUGUGCCCCAGGAAGAGCAGAAGUGGGAGGGGUGGCUCAGAGGGGUGACACUAGCGGGGACAGCCUCCAGCAGCAGGGACUGACACACCUUGGGGGCACCCCGCACCCCAGCAGCCUUCCCGAGGAGGUACCCAAACCCUCCAGCAGAUGCGUCGGUGGGGAGAGCGCCCCGGGCUCCCCUCGGCUGGGGUGUGGGAGGGCUAGGCAGCCGGCUCUUGGUGGCCGGAAGGUCGGGGCCAGGUCGCCCACUGGGGGAGGGGGCAGAGAGAGUCCCACUCUGGCCCCAGGGCCCUGUGGCCGCCCCCACUUUGUUGCCAGUGGAGCUGCCCCCAGGGGGCUGAAAACAGGCACCCCCCAGACAAAGGCCGCAAAGAUCAAGAGAGGCGCCAGCGACAAGGCGCUGAGGUCUGGGAGGCAGCCGCCUUCGUGGGGCGCCCUCGCGGCACCCCAGCUGUCCCCCGAGUGGGGGGGCGCUCUCAGAAGGAGGCCCACCCUGUCCGGGGAGGCACCCGGCAGGGCCUGCUCCGAGGCCAGCCUCUACCCCGUGCCCUGCUUCGUCCCCCUGCUGGUGGCCCGCCGGGAGGGUCACCGGGCGUCGGCGCAGGCCUUGUUCCCCUUCGCAGCGGCCCCUCUGGUGGCGGCCGCCGGGGAGGCCAGGAGGAGGCAGCGCAGGUGGCAGUCCUCCGUGGAGAUCUCAGCCAGGGCGCGCGGGGCCGGCAUCCCCGACGCCGGCCUGGGGCCGCACAGGCCGGCGGCCAGGAGAGGGGGCGGCCCGCGGCCCGUGUGCGCCCGGGCCAGGCCCCAGCUGCCCCGCCAGGACGCCCUCGCCGGGAGCGAGUCGGACGGCUCCGAGCGCUCUGCCGAGUGCCCCUCCUUGCGCCCCUCCACCGUCGCGGAGAGCAGCGGGGACGAGGCCAGCGACCACACCGCCAACCGCUUCGGGGACGGGGAGUCCAGCGGCAGUGACUGGGAGGCCGGUGUGCGGGGCCGUGGGGGCGGCCUGGCCUGGCCUCGGGCGGCCCCCCAGCAGUCCCCGCGGGCCCCCGCCGGCUCCAGGCCGCCGCUGCCGCCCGUGCCCAAACUGUGUCGCGUCAAGGCCUCCAAGGCCCUGAAGAAAAAGAUCCGCAGGUUCCAGCCGGCCGCACUGAAGGUCAUGACCAUGGUGUGAGGCCCGUGGGGACGCGGCUGAGCACGUCCCCGGGCAAAGCGACCCGUGUUCCAGGAGAAGCCUCCUCU